AUGAAACCUCUCUUCGCGUUAUCAACCCUCCUCACCCUCUCCACAUCCUCCCAAGUCCCCCUCGGCGACGUCAAACCAGACCUCCACCGUCUACACCUCCCCGUCAUGCCCGCAGCGCCGCUCAACCAACCCUCGGUCGCCCUCGCCGACAUCCUGGGUACACAGCGCUCUCUUACAUCGUUCUCCUCGUUUGCGCGGAUGGAUCCUUCGACUGACGAGCGGCUCGCCGAUCUUGGGACGAAUACCACUGUUCUUGCGCCGCUCAACUCGGCUGUGGACGCGCUCCCGCGGAAGCCUUGGGAGCAGCCGGGGGAUUAUGCUGCGUUGGGGGCGGAUGCGUAUGAGGGUGACAAGGGGCAGGAUCGCGCGCGGGAGAAUAUGAGGAGGUUUGUCGAGGCGCAUCUUGUGCCCGAGAGUCCGUGGGGGGAGAAUGAAAAGGUCAAGACUGUUGGGGGUAAGGAGGUUUGGUGGGUUGAGAAGGAUGGCAAGAGGGUGGUUAUGCCGGAUGAGAUCGAGGUUGACAAUGUGGUCGGCCAGGUUGGUAAUGGAGAACUGGUAAGUUGUAUGCGUCGACGCUGGUGA